AGCAGCAGCAGCAGCGGGAGACCCCCAGGAAGCUCUUCCAUCGCCGUCAACUUUAACAAAAGAAAACAAGAAGAAGACAAAGAGAAAAGAAUAAGAAGAACGAAUAUUUCCCUCACAGCGCAGCCAUGGACUCGGGAAAGCAAAUAACGUUCCCUUUGAUGAUGAGUGUUGGAGCAGCCGUGAUCGGCUCCCUGCAGUUCGGCUACAACACCGGUGUCAUCAAUGCCCCUCAGAAGAUCAUUGAGAAAUUCAUCAAUGAGACAUGGUUUGAACGCUACCAGGACCCCAUUAGCAAGAGCCAGCUCACAGCCAUCUGGUCCAUCGCUGUGUCCAUCUUCUCGGUUGGUGGCAUCUUUGGCUCUUUCUCCGUCGGACUCUUUGUCAACCGCUUUGGAAGGAGGAACUCAAUGCUCAUGGCCAACAUCUUGGCCUUCAUUGCAUCCGCUCUGAUGUCCUUUUCGAAGAUGGCAAGCUCUUGGGAAAUGCUGAUCGCCGGUCGUUUCGUAGUGGGCCUCUACUCUGGCCUCUCCACAGGCUUUGUGCCGAUGUACGUUGGUGAGGUUUCACCAACAUCCCUACGAGGAGCCUUGGGCACACUCCACCAGCUGGGCAUUGUCACGGGCAUCCUUAUUGCACAGGUGUUUGGAAUGGAGGCAGUCAUGGGCAAUGAUGAGUUGUGGCCGCUCCUGUUGGGCUUCAUCUUCAUCCCUGCCAUAAUUCAGUGCAUCCUGUUGCCUCUCUGCCCCAAGAGCCCUCGUUUCCUGCUUAUCAACAAGAACGAAGAGAACAAGGCCAAGUCUGUGUUGAAGAAGCUCAGAGGCACCACAGACGUGAGCGCCGACAUGCAGGAGAUGAAGGAGGAGAGCCGGCAGAUGAUGAGGGAGAAGAAGGUGACCAUCCCGGAGCUGUUCCGCUCAAACCUCUACCGCCAGCCCCUCUUGAUCGCCGUCGUCCUGCAGCUCUCCCAGCAGCUCUCCGGCAUCAACGCUAUUUUCUACUACUCCACUCGUAUCUUUGAGAAAGCCGGAGUUGAGCAGCCUGUCUAUGCCACCAUUGGAGCCGGUGUAGUUAACACAGCUUUCACUGUGGUGUCGCUGUUUGUGGUGGAACGUGCUGGACGUCGCUCUCUGCACAUGCUGGGGCUGCUGGGAAUGGCCGGAUCUGCUAUAUUAAUGACCAUCGCCUUGGCUCUGCUGGAAAAGCUCAAAUGGAUGUCAUAUUUGAGCAUCGUGGCCAUUUUUUCCUUUGUGGCAUUCUUUGAGAUCGGACCGGGUCCCAUCCCCUGGUUCAUCGUGGCAGAGUUGUUCUCCCAGGGACCCAGGCCGUCUGCCAUCGCUGUUGCUGGCUUCACCAACUGGACUGCCAACUUCAUAGUGGGAAUGGGCUUCCAGUAUGUAGAGGAGGUGUGUGGCGCCUACGUCUUCAUCAUCUUCACUGUCCUGCUGAUCUUCUUCUUCAUCUUCACCUACUUCAAAGUGCCGGAGACCAGGGGCCGGACGUUUGACGAGAUCGCAGCCGGCUUCCGCCAGACAUCUGCCACCGGCGGAGAGAAGCAUUCGCCGGAGGAGCUCAACAGCCUGGGAGCUGAUUCUCAGCUCUGA